AUGUCAGGCUUUGUCAGCCAGCCACAGUCGGAGUUCAUGGAUAAUUCGACAGUGCUUGCGUCCAUUGGAAUGGCUAAUACACUUGUGCCAACCAUCACUCGCGCGACUCAGCCUUCUCGCUUUUGGCACAGCAGGCAACUAGAAGAGUCUUACCAGAACGUGAGCGAGGAUCAUAUCGAAAAUUUGAAAGGGCUGGUCCGAACGUUACAAGAAAAUGCUGUCCCGGGGCCACAACUUUUUCGAUUGCGCCAUGAGUUCACCGACAGGCUUGGUACAGGGGGCGAAAGCGAGGUAUAUGGUAUCUCAUCUGCUGCUUUGAAGUUUCUCCGACAGGCAGACAAGCAAGACCACUUACGAUGGCCCGUGGAGAAGAUUGCCAUCAAACAACACAAGCCAAAGCCUGCUGCUGACUCUGUCCGCUUAAGCUCCCAUUUUUUGGCCGCAAAGCGUGAAGUUCUUGCAUUGGCUCCCACUUUGUUCCAAAAGCACCCCAACAUCGUUCAGUUGUUGGGAUGGGGCUUUUGCUUGGAUGCGAUUGAGGACUUUGCUUGUGACUCGUUUCAAAUCCCUUUAUUAAUUCUUGAGCGAGCUGAGACAGACUUGUAUCGGUUCGUGCGGGGAGAUGCGCUGUGCUCGAGAACUACAAUCGCUCAAGACCUGGAAGCAGGGUCGGACAAGUGGCGUCUGCGUCAAGACGAUGUUGUACGCCGACUAUGUGUUGAUGUCGGCAAUGGGCUGUAUGCCCUUCAUCAGCAGAGCUUCGCACAUGGAGACUUGAAGCCACAAAAUGUGCUGGUCUUUCAAAAUGGCAGAAGAUUGGUUGCAAAGCUUUGCGACUUUGGAUGUACGCGAGGGGUAGUUGAACCUAGCGGGGACAGCUCUAGGAAUACUAGAUACGCUGGCACACCCGGCUGGCUGCCACCCGAAGUCAUCAUAGGAACAGAUCGGGGAAUAGAUCAUGCUGAAUUGCAGAAAUGCGACAUCUAUACCUAUGGCCUCCUUGUUUGGAGUGUAUUCUGCCAGUUUGGGGACCCACCCCUGCUUCAAGACCAGGAGACCCAAAUCUUGCCGGAUAUUGUUCUUGAACGAGGAUUACAAGAUGUCCAGGAAACUUUUUCUGGACGAUCGCGAUGGCUGGCAGAGACCAUUAUUGAAGUACUGAGAAACACCUUACAACUCGAACCAACUCAGCGGUCUUCGACACCCUGGGAUCAAAUGCGAACCAGAUCUGAAAAUGCUGUACUUCAGAUGCAAACAAUAUGGAGAUCUUUUUCUCUUGAUGGUCUCACUCCCAAACAACGGUACGCAGAAAAUAGAGCUUCAGAAGCAGCCCACAACGAAUCGUCAGCGAACCUCGCAAGUCAUAAACCAUUGACGUCAGAAGACAAAAGGCUGUACGGGACUUGGUGGGGAGGGUCUCAAGCUGCUUCAACAAACCUUGACAUAGCAGCAUCACGGACUGUUUUGAGGGAUGAUGAUAAUUUCCAGAGCCUAUCAACAUUCCAAGCCCCAGAACGACAAAUUGAGAUUGCUCGGCUUUACAAAGACUUGAGGAACACUCUCGCAGAGAAUCGAGCGGAAGACCAGCGCAAUCUGUACUGCUACGCUCGUUUACGCAGUCGAGGACGUCUUGCUUGGUGGCCCCAAGGACCAGACGUACAAAAUAUCCUUUGCAACGCCGUUGUCUCCAAACCGAGACCAGAGAUAUCAAUCCUGGCAUGGCUUUGCCGCGGUGAAAUCGGCACUUGGGAAGUGCAGCAUCUACCAGCUUCCGCUGAAUUUUGGAAUGCUGCAGUGAAUUCGCAAGACUUCAAUGGGUCUCAACGCCUCGAACUCUUCCUUCUCCUCCUCCAAUUUGGUGCUCGCGUCGAGACACGAUUAUCUUUUUCGCCAGAACAAGCGAGAAGCGCUGUUCUCUUCGAAUUUCUGCAGAAUUGCAGAAGAGCUACUAUCCGUACGGUAAUGAAGGAAAUAUGUCGUCGAUUUGAUGAGGUAAAAGAUGAGGAACAAAUCUCGUCAUCCACUCGGUAUUAUUUUACUGGACAGCCGGAACUUCAGUCAUCGGAAGCCAACAGUGUUGUUGUGACCACAUUUGGAGCGGAUUUAUAUGCAGCAGGCGACUACACUGACGCAUUAAAUGUCCUGAGCUGCUGGCGUUUUGUCCAUGCGACACAACUUCGAUACAUUUCUCAGGGCCACGGACAGGGAAGAGAUUGGUAUCGACUGCCCGAUGAAAUCCAACCGCUCGUGCAAUUGCCUAUAGGCUGGGAACAAAUCAAGGAAUUGAAUGGCGUAGCCUUCAGGCUUCCAUGUUUCAGAGACUCAAUUACUGCCUCGAUCACACUCCGAAAGCCAAAACGUAGCCUUCUUCUCAUGAGGCAGAUAGCUCUCGGUUUCAACACUCCAGAUAACCAAGAGAGCUGUUACAUCGAUAUUGCUGCCUUUAUUAGGCCAGAGAGCAGCCGGGCGGCCAAACAAAUCGUUGACCAAGGCAUCAACCGACGAUUUCGCUCCUACGAUGACUCUUGGUUUAACCUGGAGCAGUAUGGUCCAUUGCCUUCCGAUGAUGUGUUAAAAGCUUUAAAAGACGACGCAGAAGCUCACCUACCUACCUUCGCAGACCGUAUCAAACCCUUAGAAUCAAUAUUUUCGAUUAUUUGGACGUUCUUAACGUCCAUACUUCCUUCCGCUUUGUGGAUUGUUGUGGUGUUAAUUAUGACAAGUCUAACAGUCAUGAGCAUACGAAAGGAGGAAGACGACGAGGAAGACGACGAAGACCAUGGAUGCGAUAGAUCAGGGAUCUAG